GACUUCCAGAAGGUGUGUCUGAAGCUGAACCGUGCGUUUACCACCUCCUUCUUUUCGUCCCCGCCUGCCGCCGCCAGGGUGUUGUCACUUCGCCCAGUACUGCUCGGAACAAAACCUUAGCAAAUACACAGCUGUAGCAGCAGCAGCAGCAACAGCGCCGAAGCCCUGCCGUUUCAAGCCUUCCUAUUCUGAUUUAGGUCGAAUAUCUGGGAAUCUCGUCAAAUUCGACCCGGCAUUACACGCGUGGAAUCGUUUCAGAUUGUGAGUGAGUCGUCGGAGGUUCUGCUGCGACCAUGGGGGACGUGGUUUCCUCUCACCUGGACGAAAGCAAGCGGGAGAUGAUUACAGUGAAAACCAGAGAUGUGAUGAGACAGUUCAGUGAUGUGUACAAGCAGCAGUACGCCGUCGCCCUCUUCAACAGCGUCCGUUACGAGUUAGAAGGAGGAAGCGGGCCACAAUCACAAUUACUACAUCGAAAGGACCCUUUGGCUGGCCGUUCAAUCUUUUCCGGGAAUUUGUUCCAGUACCUUGAGGAGAAUCGCAAGUGGAGAAACCGCUUUGUUUCAGUGCCGAACAACUACAACAUCAACCUCUAUGAGAGUAAAACUGCACAUGAGCGGAGUCUGCAUCCCAAAGUAACUAUCAACUGUGCCGGCUACAAGGCCCUGACCUCCAUUGAAGACUAUAUUGAAUUGAUUAACAACAGUCUCCCAGAUGUCAAAGCCAAAUUGGGCAGCAGUCCUUUUAUCAGGUGUGCAACUCCGUUCCCCCUCAUCCUCUGGCACCCGUAUGCCCGCCACCAUUACUUUUGUGUGAUGACCGAAAAGGAGCAGCAGAAAUGGCACGCCGUCCUUCAAGACUGUAUCCGGCACUGUAACAAUGGUCUGCCAGAGGACUGCACUGUUCAGACACCCGCCUUCACUGAUAGUGUGAGACUGCAUAGACAAGCCGAAGGACACUAUGGGACCUGGGACAUGAUGUGUGGAACUCCUCCCCAGAUUCUGGCAAAUUUAGUGAUGGAGACUCUCCAUCCUGAACUAAGGGAUGCAAUUGGUCCUCGUCUGAAAGGAAAGAUGCAGCAAAGGCAGAGAGACUGGAUGUUUAUCUCAGACGCAGUUUACAGGCAAGUUUUGGCCCAGACCACCAACGAGUAUAAUUCUCUUGUUGAAGCCUGUGAGGUUCAGAAGGUUGAGCUGGAUGCCAGGCUGAGAACUGACAUGGACCAGGUCGUCACAUCUAAAGAACACAUUACCAGCAAAAUUCGAGCCCUGGUGUUACCCAAAGCUGAGUCUCUUCUGAAGAGGAGUGUCCAACCUUACAUCAGCUCCAUCUUAGAGGCCUUGAUGGAGCCCACCAGUCGAGGUUUCGCUGAAGUCAGGGAUGUUUUCUUCAGGGAGGUUGUGGACAUCAGCAAGAACCUGGUUAAUGGAGGAGACCAAGCAAAACUGGGGGAGCACAUGGAGAGGCUCUCUAUGCUCGCCUUCCAUCCAGUCAAAAUGAAAAGCUGCUAUGAUAAUGUGGAGGAGCUCAACCUAGAGGGACUACAGCAAAGGUUCGACGUCUCCAGCCCUUCUGUCUUUGUCAGCAGGGCUCAGAUCCUCAUGAGGGAGCAAAUGGACAAUGCAGUACACACUUUUGAGCAGCUGCUACAGCAGUCUUUGGCUUCCCAGGGAGAUAAUGACCUGUGCAAAGUCAUCCAAGGGUGCCAGGACCGGGUCCUCAAGAAGUAUGAUUAUGACAGCAGCACAGUACGUAAAAAGUUCUUUAGAGAGGCUCUGCUGCAGAUCAUAAUCCCCUACAUGCUGCAACAGCUCGCUCCAUCCUGCUCACCCGAGCUGCCACGUUUUAAAGAACUCGUCUUUGCUGACUUUUCCCGAUUCCUUCUUGUGGAGAAUAUGUUUGAGGAAGUCGUGCUGCAGUCUGUCACGAAGGACAUCAUGAUGGCUGUGAAGGAGGCUGCUGUCCAAAGGAGGCACAAUCUCUACAGAGACAGCAUUGUCAUGACCAACAGCGACCCCAACCUCCACUUGCUCGGCGAAAACCCCCCAGUGGACUGGGCCACUAAAUUCGGCAACGGUGAACCAGAAGGCUCCAGCGGUGACGGUGACGGAGGAUCUGGAAAUAGACGCAAGCAAGUUGUGUCCAUGAUCCAGCUAGAUGGAGUACCACUGCCCUACGAGUCCUGUAUGGAAAUUCCAGGUGUUGAGCUCAUCCCCGAGGAAGAUACCGUUGUGUCCGAUCAUUCCGAGGAGCCGUCUGAGGCCGACCUGCACGAGGGCCCCAAAUCUCCAGAUAGUGUGGAGGAAAUCCGAGAUCUGAUCAAUCCAGUGAUGGAAGUGGUGCUACCAGAAGAAGUCAAGAGUGAUGUGACAAAUGGGAUAGUCCCAACAUUGAGUACCAUCACACUUGAGGAUGGAGAGCAGGAGGAGGUGAGCCACGUCACCGCUAUAGUGGAGGACAUCCCUCUAAAAUCCCCGCAAGAUAAGAGAUCGGCAGAGUCACUCCUUCAGCAGCUCAUAGGAAACAAGAAACAGGAAGAUAAGGAGGAAGCAAAAAUUCAAAGAGCUAUUGAGGAAAUCGAUUUAGCAGUGCAAGGAGAGAGCGAACAAACUGUGGAGGUUUGCGCGGAAAAAACGGAUUCGUCACCACAGCUUCCAUUAGAUACAGACUCCAGCCCACACGAGGAGCCUCAGCUUGUCCAAAAGGAGGUCAACGGCAAGGAAAGUAUCAUUGACCCUGUUGAAGUGGAAGUUGGUGUAGCGUAGGAAGACAAACAGCUGAGGAUGGACAUGCUUUGGAUAGAGACUUUUAUUGUAUCCUUUCCUUGUUGAUGUUGCACACCUCAAGACCAGUUAUCUCUUCCUGGAGUCUUUAAGAUACGAACGAUCCUGGUAAUCGGUUCUUAUGUAUGCAGUUUAAUUAUCCCCCACAAAAGCGUCCUUCGUAUUUUGUGUGUGACACUGAAUGCACCGUAUGUGAUUUUUUUUCCCCUAUUGCUUAUUUUUCUGCAGAUAACAUGUCAGCAUAAAAAAUUGUGGUUAAAUGAGAUGAUUGAAAACCUUGACGAUUUUGCAAUAACGUGCUCACAGGGCAUCCUUCUGUUUAACAGCAGGGGGUGCUGUAGUAUAAGCCUUUGUAUGUUUAUUCAAAUAUGUUUUAACUACUACAGUUUUUGAAAUUUUAUCUAUUUUUGUAAGUGUUUCUGUAUUUAUAAUAUACAAGUACUCUAUAAUUAAUGUGUCUGUUAAACCAAUGGCUGGCUUAACUCAUUGCAGUAGGUUCCAUAAACGAGAACAUUAGCCUUUAUAUUUCCUCGGCUUCAUUAUAUGUACAUUGUAUCAAACGUUGCGGGUGUCUUCUUGAGCACAUUUUCUUAUUUAAUUCAUUGGACUCAAAGGUUAAAUUUGCUCAACUCAAAUAAAUGUUCGAAUUUUGUAAGUAUUUAUCACAUAGGUGUUGGCAUGUGUAGCUAAAUGAGUCGAAAAUUUCUUGCUGGAGAACAAGCUUGUAAAAUUCUUGAUCUGGGAACCUUGAGACGUCAUGACACAUACAUUAUACUGCAGGACAAAUUUUCCAUGGAUAAAUUAUGGGAUGUGUUUCAUUUGAAAUGCUGAGAAGAGAGUAGCACAUCCUUCUCUUUCCAUUUUAAUUUUUACAGCUUACAUUAUAAAAAUCACUUUGCAUUUUGGCAGAUUUGUCUCAACUCGUACAUUGCAAGAUUUUAGAUCCUUUAACUAUGCAGUGUUUUUAGCAGAGGGGAACACUCGUUUAUUUAUUCCUGUUCCUGUGUGAUUGUGCUUUUACAAGUUGCUGUCUUGCUUUUGUCACCUUGAAAUAUGUACAAUUAUUGAAUAAAGUUAUUUCCUGACCAAUA